AUGCUAGGUUCAAAUGCUUCGCAGGUUGAGGCGAGAACAGAACCCCCAGGCCCUUUUGAGGGGCCGCAAUGGCCCUACCUGGCCCCACGCACCUACAUAUCAGUGCUGUCCUCAUGGGGCUGGUGGUCACUCUCGGCCCCCUUGGCGAACGGCUUGGUGAUUGUGGUCUCCGUCCAGUUCAAGAAGCUCCGCUAUCCUUUGAACUACGUCCUGGUGAACCUGGCCGUGGCCGAUCUCUUGGUCACCUUCUUUGGGAGCACCAUCAGCUUCGUCAACAACGCCCGCGGCUUCUUUAUCUUUGGCCAGGCGACCUGCGAGUUUGAAGGCUUCAUGGUCUCCUUAACAGGGAUUGUGGGUCUUUGGUCCUUGGCGAUCCUGGCCUUUGAGAGGUAUCUCGUGAUCUGCAAACCAGUGGGCGAUUUCCGCUUCCAGAAAAGGCACGCAGUGCUUGGUUGUGCUUUCACUUGGGGGUGGUCGUUAGUCUGGACGGUCCCACCACUCCUCGGUUGGAGCAGCUAUGUCCCUGAAGGCUUGAGGACAUCCUGCGGCCCCAACUGGUACAGCGGCGGAACCAGCAACAACAGCUACAUCAUGACUUUGUUCGUGACCUGCUUUGCGAUGCCUCUCAGCACAAUCCUUUUCUCCUAUGCCAACUUGCUCGUGACGCUGAGAGCCGUGGCGGCUCAGCAGAAAGAGCAGGAGACCACUCAGCGGGCUGAGAGGGAGGUGACGCGGAUGGUUGUCGCCAUGGUGGCUGCCUUCCUCGUCUGCUGGCUGCCCUACGCCAGCUUCGCCAUGGUGGUCGCCACCCACAAGGACCUUGCCGUACGGCCAGCGCUCGCUUCCCUGCCGUCAUAUUUCUCCAAGACGGCGACAGUGUACAACCCCGUCAUCUACGUCUUCAUGAACAAGCAGUUCCGCAGUUGCCUCCUCUACACCAUGAGCUGUGGCCACAGACCAUUAUCUUCCCAGGACACGACACCGGCUGUGAUCAGCCUCCCAAGCCGCCUCACCACCUCAGCUUCAGAAGGAAGCAGGAAUCAAGUGUCACCUUCCUAACGAUGCAGAUGGGCAGGACCUGCAGCCGCCGCCACCUUUGAACGUGGCUCUCGUUUCCGUUCUCCAAGUCGCCUUGUUAAAAGUGCAAAAUCUGGGAAAUGGAAUCCCACAGAAGAAGUCACAGUACCUUUUAUUAGAGGCACAUCUGAUGGAUAGAGAGAAAUCUGCGAACUCGUCGGGUCCAUGUAUUUUCUUCCUCCCCAGCUUGUGUCCUAAACUUUGCCCGUUUAUAAAUGUGAAUUGGGCCCAGAAACUAAUUGGCAGCCAGAGCAGUUGGGUCAGGAUAGUUGCAAUAUGCUCAAACUGUCUUGCUCCUCUCAAAUAAUCCUAGUAACUGUAGCUUAGCUCUCACAGAGCUACAGUUCCCAGUACCCUUAAAC